UUUUUCCCAAAAGGACGGCCGGCAUGGUGCAGCAGUACAAGGAUGGUUUCAACUCGUGCGGUUGCUUCUGGCAGGUGGUGGAAAGGAACUGCAUGCAGUUUCAACCUGUGUUCACAAACACAGUGAGAAACUUCAAAGGAGUGACAUGAAGUCUCUUUUCACCAUAAAAUGGAGUCCUGUUGGAAGCAACCGCAAAGACAAAGAAGAGGACACCAUUUUCUGGUGGGAUUGGUGGCUGCUGGCCAUACAAGAUGGAAGGGUUGACAUCAGUUUUGAGCAGCUGCUCAUAUUUGUGUUUGGGGCAGAUGCUGUUCCACCUCUUGGGUUCACUCCCAACCCAUCCAUUGAAUUCUAUGACCAGGAACCUGGGGAGCGACGUGUUCCCUAUUCGUCCAC